GUCUGGAGCAGGCAGGACAGCAGUGGGUGUGUGGGAGAGGUCUGGAGCAGGCAGGGCAGCAGCUGGCAGCAGUGGGUGUGUGUCUGUGUGUGGGAGACGUGUCCUGGGCCGCUUCCAGCUCUGCGCAGUAACAACCCUGACUGACUGACAGACUGGGGCUGAGCGGCUCCCGCCUGACUGACGCCUGGCUCUUCUGUACAGCAGCAGCAGCCUGUGUGUGUUGUUGUUGCCGCCGCCACCGCUCCUCCUCCUCCUCCUGCAGCAGCAGCCGGCUGCUCACUCCUUCACAUGCACACCAGACCGGGGGCACCAGCCUGCGACAGCCCGUACAGGACAGCCAAGUAUUUCCACAGUCUUUCCACUUGUUGAGAACAACGCACUCCAUGACCAGAUUAGAAAUUUGGAAUUUAAAAAAGUAGAAGACGUGUUUAUAUAUUUACUUCAUUAGAGUGCAGAGUGACUUUACCUACUCUUAUGCACUCCAGCACCCCCAUCAGUUCUCUGUUCUCCUUCACUAGCCCUGCUGUUAAACGGCUGCUUGGCUGGAAACAAGGAGAUGAAGAGGAAAAAUGGGCAGAAAAGGCAGUGGAUUCCCUGGUGAAGAAGUUAAAGAAGAAAAAGGGCGCAAUGGAAGAUCUUGAGCGGGCACUGAGUACACCAGGACAGACCAGUAAAUGUGUCACGAUCCCACGUUCUCUGGAUGGGCGGCUGCAAGUGUCACAUCGUAAGGGUCUUCCGCAUGUCAUCUAUUGUAGGGUCUGGAGGUGGCCCGAUCUACAGUCCCACCAUGAGCUAAAACCACUUGAAUGCUGUGAGUUCCCAUUUGGAUCAAAACAGAAGGACGUAUGCAUAAACCCUUACCAUUACCGCCGAGUGGAAACUCCAGUUUUACCACCAGUUCUAGUUCCAAGACAUAGUGAGUUUAACCCGCAACUCAGCCUGCUUGCCAAGUUCCGAAAUACGUCCCUCAACAAUGAGCCACUCAUGCCACACAAUGCAACCUUCCCUGAGUCUUUCCAGCAAUCGUCAUGCACUCCGUUCUCUUCCUCACCCAACAACAUCUUUCGUCACUCACCAAACACUAUUGGCUUUCCUGAUUCUCCCAGAAGUUCCUCAGAACCUGGAAGCCCCUACCAGAUCACAGAUACACCUCCACCACCAUACAACCCUCCAGAGAUUCAUGGAAACCAGAACAGACACUCAGGGGACUCCAGUGAUUGCCAACUUGUUUUUUCAGCAACAAAUAGAGACUUCCGUCCUGUUUGCUACGAGGAACCGCUACACUGGUGCUCCGUUGCUUACUAUGAACUCAACAAUCGGGUGGGCGAGACGUUCCAGGCAUCUUCUCGCAGUGUACUCAUUGAUGGCUUCACAGAUCCCUCCAACAACAAGAAUAGGUUCUGCUUAGGACUUCUCUCUAACGUCAACCGAAACUCCACUAUUGAAAACACCCGCCGGCACAUUGGGAAAGGGGUCCAUCUGUAUUAUGUUGGUGGAGAGGUUUAUGCUGAGUGUGUGAGUGACAGCAGCAUUUUUGUACAAAGUCGCAACUGCAACUACCAGCAUGGCUUCCACCCGGCAACGGUCUGCAAGAUCCCGAGCGGCUGCAGCCUGAAAAUCUUCAAUAACCAGCUGUUUGCCCAGCUUCUGUCACAGUCGGUUAACCAAGGUUUCGAGGUGGUGUACGAGCUGACCAAAAUGUGCACUAUACGCAUGAGUUUUGUAAAAGGCUGGGGAGCAGAGUAUCAUCGUCAGGACGUAACAAGCACUCCUUGCUGGAUUGAGAUCCAUCUUCACGGCCCCCUGCAAUGGCUAGACAAGGUCCUGACUCAAAUGGGCUCACCCCACAAUCCCAUCUCUUCCGUGUCAUGAUACCACUCUCUGGAGCGCUAUUGCAGGCAGUGGCUUAGAAAUAUAUCAUUUUCCCCCUUUUUUUGUAAUGUAAAUACCUAUAUUUCAGUAUAUGUAAUGUGGCUUUUUUUUUUCUUUUUGUAAUGUGGUGUAAUUGUAGAAAAACAAACUGACAAAUUCAUGUUGUGUUUUUGAUAUAUUCUGCAGCUGUGUUUCUUCACAGAUAUUGUGUGCAGCAGUUCCUAGGAAAGCAGAACACGGUUUCACUUGAUUUCUAAAUAGUUCUUGUUCUCUUAUAAAAAAAAACAAACAGAUUUGAUGCACGUAACCACGGUACACGAUGUAAGGAUUUUAUUAAUUUUAUUGCUUAUUUUUUUAUAUAAAUAUUCUGUUUUGCUGAAGUCACUUAGUUUUAAGAAUUAUUUUUCUAUUUUUUUUUUGUAUAUUGAAUUAUGAGAGAAAAACAUUUUAAAAAAUGUUUAUCAAAACUGCUGAAUUUACCAUAGCAAUAUGAACAAUCAUUUCGUUUCUUAAAGGUGUUUUACGUCUAAGGAUGAUUUAAAGAUUUAAAUAUGUCUUCUUGAAAUGUAUUAAAUAUAUUGCUUUA